ACUGCCUGUUCAUUCCUUCGUUUCCCAGCAGCGGCGUUGCUGGUGUGUUCGAGGUUGCCGACACAAACAAAACAAGUGAAGCAAGGCUGGCGCGGUUUGACUCCGCCUCAUCUGCUGAUCUGCUGCUGCUUUUUCGUGUGUGUCUGUGGCCGCCGCAGCGUCUUGGUAGUGCAUCCUGUGUGUGUGUGUGUGUGUGUCCUCCGGGCAUUCAUCCAAAUCCAGAAUCGGCUGCUGCGACUGCGAGGAAACCCUGACAACCCCAAGACACAUACCACAGUGUCAGCGAGUUGGCGCGAAGCUGCACUUGUCUGUCCGUGUGUGCAACUCCCCGCUGCCGCCUCAAUCAUCGUCCCCAAUACCACGCGUGACAUUUCCAUCUCCCAUCAUAUCGACCAUCGUUCCGCGAAACAAUCACCGAGACUCCACCAGCAACCACAGCUUCGACGCGACACAUCGUCCAUACAUCUAUACAUCUAUCUACACCGACGCACAUCUACAUCUACACAACCGAACUCAACCAAGCCAUGAGCGACGUUGCAUCCACAACAGCCACGGCAGGCACAAGCGAGGGCCGUGCCUCCAACACCGCCCACGCCGCUGAGGCCUUUCUCGCUGCUGAGACGGGCAACAUUGACACGCUGCGUCGCCUCAUCAACAAGGGGCUGUUUGAUCCAAGCACCACAAACGACCAGGGCUGCACCGUCCUCUACCUCCUCGCAAACGCCGGCAACGUGCAGGGCAUGAAGCUCGUGCUUGACAGCGGCGUUGACAUUGACCAAGACAACAUUGCCGGCUUCUCUGCUCUGCAUGUAGCAGCGUGUACAUCCAACCUUCAGACUGUCAAGCUGCUUGUGGAGCGAGGCGCGGUUGUUGACAAGCGAAGCGAUGAGGGCUUCACCCCUCUCUGCUACGCUGCAGAAGCGGGGAGUGAUGACGUGAUCAAAUAUUUUAUAAAGCACGGCGCUGACGUGGAUGCAAGAAGCAUGCACGGGUGCACGCCGCUGUUCCACGCAGCGCGGUGUGGGCACAUCAACGCCGCCUCCACGCUCAUCCGUCUUGGUGGCGACCCGAUGGCCCGUGCCAAGGACGGCGCAACCCCAAUGUUUGAAGCAGCAAGGGGAGGUCACAUCCUCUGCCUCACCAUGCUCAAGCGUGCUGGCGCUGACCCCUUUCACCAAGUCGACUAUGGCGCCACUGCCAUGCACAUUGCCGCCUUCAACGGGCACGCGGAUUGCGUCAGGCUCUUUGCCCGCUGGGGCUGCAACCCAAACACACUCACAGAGGAGGGCUGCACAGCAUUGCACUAUGCGUCAUACAUGGGCCACGUGGGCUGUGUGAAACUUCUCCUGUCGCUCGGGUGCAGCCCCUGGAUCAGGUCAACUGAGUCUGCCUGGGGCCGCAAGCAUGGCAACGAGAACAGGCUUGCACUCGACUACGCGCGCGAACAAUACAGGUGUUCCGACCUGACGUGCGUGUGUCAGUCGCAGGUUGCAGACGCCAACAAGAAGGCAGAGAGUGCCCGCGUCAUCCAACAAGCCAUGCAACGGCUGCCGUCGCUGGCGGACCGGUGCCGACAGCUGAUUCGGGCGACCACGCCCCUUGACAAGCUCGACACCCUCCCGCUGCCAGAACAGCUCCUGAGCUACGUCAAGUACGAGGCCGAGUGCGAAACAACGCUCACUUUUACCGUUCCAAACUGCAAAGGCCCAAAGCUGCAGCGGCCGUGAAACCACGCCUCUCGGAAAUGUUACAACACGCCAUACAGGGUGGAACACUGUGCGGUGAACACCUAGACAACUGUACGCCGACACUUGAAUGAAGACUUUAUGUCAGCAUUUCCUUCGAUCAACUUACCACUACUCAUUCUGCUCCCAAACCUGAAGAGCGACGCUGUGGGAGACAUGUCCUCGUGUCAAGCGUGUAGUCCCGGCAACCCUCUUUUGCCCUCUUUUGCCCUCUUUUGCCUCCUUGUCGUUGAACCUGAACCCUUUUUUCCUCGUCAUCACCCAUCAUGAGAUUGAUUGUGGUGUUGCUGCUUUGCAUUAUCAUCCCCAGCAGCUCGUUUCUAGUAUUCGAAUCCCUGCUCCCUUCCCUUCCCUUGUCUCCUCGAGCCUGUGCUCUCGUGUCCCCUUCUCGCUCAUGCCUUGUCACUCUUCACUCCCUCCCCUUUCUCCCUUUCUCUCUUUCUCUCUUUCUGUUUCUUUUAUUGUAUCUUUCCCUUUGCCCCCCCCCCCUUCUCCCUCUGCCUGCCCUUGUCGCUUUCCUCCCCUCCCCUUUUCCGUGUUGUUGUGCUUCUUGUCAGCCGGCCUCCUUCUUUUGUCUUCUCGACCUGCUGCCCUACUCUCCUACUACUUGAGGACUCAAGUCGUUGUUGCGAUGGCGGCGUGUCUGACUGUGCUCUUGUGCUGUUGUGCUGGACCUGACAGGACGACAUGCAUCACAUUCAUGCAUGCUUGCGCUUGCUACACGCGCAGCUCUGCUGUGCUUCCUUGCUUGCCUCGUCUCCUCGUCUGCUGCUUGGUGCAUGGAUGCCUCGACAGUCCUGCAAGCAGUCAUCAUGGCAAGGUUCAAGCAAGGCCUUGCUUGCCUUGUUGUUGCCUGACACCGCCUUCGUUACCGACUUUUAAUGAAUAGCUUUGACCAAAA